AUGCGAGCUCUCGCAGCUCUUCUCCCAUUUCUUUUCUCGUCUGUGAAGGCGUUGCCUGCUGCCAGCACCACUGUCUCCCAGUCGAGCCCCCCAUCAAGCUCUCCUACCCCUACCGGUAGCCUCGCAGACGGUAAUCCUUUCGAGGGCGUUAAGCAAUAUGUGAACCCGUACUACAAGUCCGAGGUGGAAAGCUCAGCUAUCCCCUCCAUGACCGGGUCGUUGGCUGAACAGGCAAGCGCUGCCGCCGAUAUCCCAUCUUUCUACUGGCUGGAUACCGCCGAUAAGGUUCCGACUAUGGGAGAAUUCCUGGAUGACAUCAAGUCCCAAGACGAUGUCGCCGGUAUCUUCGUCGUGUAUGACCUGCCCGACCGCGAUUGUGCCGCGUUGGCUAGCAACGGCGAGUAUGCGAUUGAUGACGGUGGAGUCGAGAAGUACAAGGCGUACAUCGACUCCAUUCGUGAGCAAGUUGAGAAAUACUCGGAUACCAAGAUCAUUCUAGUCAUCGAGCCUGACAGUUUGGCCAACCUGGUCACGAACCUGGACGUGACCAAGUGCGCCAACGCCAAGGAUGCGUACUUGGAGUGCACCAACUACGCAAUUACGCAAUUGAACCUGCCUAAUGUCGCAAUGUAUCUGGAUGCUGGCCAUGCUGGAUGGCUUGGAUGGCCUGCGAACAUCGGCCCUGCCGCCGAGCUGUACGCCUCCGUGUACAAGAACGCCUCCUCUCCCGAUGCUGUUCGUGGAUUAGCGACUAACGUGGCUAACUACAACGCCUUCUCCAUUGACUCUUGCCCCUCGUACACGUCCGAGAACGAGAUCUGUGACGAGAAGAGCUACAUCAACAACUUUGCACCGGAGCUGGCCAGCGCGGGCUUCGACGCUCACUUCAUCGUCGACACCGGACGCAAUGGAAACCAGCCCACCGGUCAGAAUGAAUGGGGUGACUGGUGCAAUGUCAAGAACACCGGUUUCGGCGCUCGCCCAUCAACCGACACGGGUGAUGAGCUAGUAGACGCCUUUGUCUGGAUCAAGCCGGGUGGAGAGAGCGACGGAACCUCUGACGAGUCUGCGGAGCGUUACGAUGCCCACUGUGGUCUCGGUGCUGCUUUGCAGCCUGCUCCCGAGGCUGGUACCUGGUUCCAGGCAUACUUUGAGCAGCUUGUGAAGAAUGCUAGUCCGUCUCUGUAA